GACAUGCGCCAAAAUCAAAUGAAACGUUGACGUUAUUUUCAAAUUAUGACGAUUAGGCUGUAAAACAUGGUUAGUAGGAGGCGUCUAACUGUAUCUGGCGAUCACAAGCCCGAAGUAAGAUAUGCUGACCUUCAACAAACUUCUCAGGAACAGUCAUGUUGGUCCAAACCCACUGUUUAUCAUGCUGCCAUCGUGAUAUUCCUAGAGUUCUUUGCCUUCGGAUUGCUAACCACCCCAAUGAUCUCGGUAUAAUCCAGUUAUGUUACCAUUUAUACGUUUCAGGUUUUAGAUGAGACAUUUCCCAAACAUACGUUUCUAAUGAAUGGUAUCAUUCACGGAGUAAAGGGAAUAUUAUCCUUCCUUAGUGCACCAUUUCUGGGUGCUCUCUCAGACAUGUUUGGACGAAAGCCUUUCCUACUUCUAACAGUAACCUUCUCUUGUUCUCCAAUACCACUGAUGAAAAUCAGUCAUUGGUGGUAUUUUACAAUGAUCAGUAUAUCAGGUAUUUUCGCAGUGACAUUUUCAUUUGCUUUGGCAUAUGUCGCUGAUAUCACAUCAGAAGAAGAUAGAAGCUGGGGAUAUGGACUAGUUUCAGCUACAUUUGCCGCCAGUCUUGUCAGUUCACCUGCAAUUGGAGCUUAUCUUGGUCGUGUAUAUAGUGAAGAAUUAGUUGUUGCACUAGCUACUGCUAUUGCAUUUUUGGACAUUUGUUUUAUACUUGCUUGUGUACCUGAAUCUUUAUCGGAAAAAGUACGUAUUGGUCAUUUGUGCUCUGUAACUACAUUGGGUGGACCAGUUGGUAAAUUCUCAUGGGGUAAAGCUGAUCCUUUUGCGACAUUACGUCAAAUGACAAAUGAUCAUCUUGUUCUUAUGAUAUGUAUUACAACAUUUUUAUCCUAUUUGCCAGAAGCUGGACAAUAUUCAUGUUUCUUCGUUUAUCUUCGCUUAGUCAUGGGAUUCACUGAAGAAAAUGUGGCACUAUUCAUUGCUGUUGUUGGUAUCAUGUCAUGUAUUGCACAAACACUUAUUUUAUCUUUAUUAAAUCGUAUUAUGCGACCAAAACGUGUUAUUAUAUUUGGUUUAAUAUUUGAAGCAAUUCAAUUAACAUUAUAUGGUUUUGUUACAAAUUCUGGCUUAUUAUGGUCAGCUGGUUUAAUUGCUGCUACGGGCUCUAUCACAUAUCCUGCUCUAAGUACAUUUAUAUCAACUCAUGCUGCAGCGGAUCAACAAGGUGUAGCACAAGGUCUUAUCACUGGAAUACGAGGUUUAUGCAACGGACUUGGACCUGCUCUUUUUGGGUUAUUCUUUUAUAUAUUUCGAGUUGAUCUCAAUGAACAUACAUCAGGUGUACAUAUAAUCAACAAGGAUAAGAGUAACUCCCUAGUAUCUGAUACUGUACAACUUUUACAAGAACGUUUAAUACCAGGACCACCAUUUGCUUUUGGUGCUAUUCUAGUUCUGUUAGCAAUUCUAGUAGCUAUUUUUAUACCGGAAAAGCAGACAUCACCUGAAUUGAGUCAUUCGAAAAUUAUCACUGAUACAUAUGAAUCAACACAUGGUGCCAAUAUUUAUGGCGGUGAAACUCGACUAAGGCGUAGUUCACCAUCAGGUCAAUCUCAUAAAACUACAGCGGAUUUUGAUCAAUUCACAUGUGGAAUGGGUGCACCUAACACUGGUGACAGUGACAAAUCGAAAUUGAUAAUGAGUACUGUUGAAAUGUCUAAGUAUAAUCUAAAAAGUGGCAUUUCACACAGUAAUUCAAUCGAUAACAGUGGUAUUUGGAAUCGUUUAAUGACUGGUCUUACAGAUUUUCGUAAUCCAGUUUAUAUAAAACAACGACCGAAUCGUGUUUAUCGUCAAUCAAAAACUCGUUUUAGUACGGCAGGUAUUGUAGAACCAUUUCGUCGAUUAUUUAUUCGAAAAACUUAUGAUGGAAAUAUUGGUAGUUGUGGUGUUAGCGGUAGUGGUGGUGGUGGAUUUCUUGAUCAUGAAGCACGUCUUCAUUAUUCCAGACUGCCCUUUACUGUUAUCUCAUCAUCAGAUAAUAGUAGUCCAAAAUAUUUAGACGAUAUAUCAAAGAAUGAUUUACUAUUUUCUAAUCCUUUAUUAUUAAAUCCUGGUGAAUCCGAGGAAGCAGCUGAUCUCAGUAAUUAUCGUGCACAUCAUUUCCGACGUAUGUUUAUUGCUCCUAAUACAGCAACUACUACUCCUUUUAUUAAUAAUAAUAAUAAUAAAAGUGCUAUUACUACUUCUUCAUCUGAAUUUCAUCCAUCACAAAACUAUAAUCCUACUAGCUCAUUGUUAAUCACUUCUAAUGAAACUGGUCAAUUAAAUCCAUUGGGAGAGAAUGAAGAAGAUACAUUUAUUAAAUAUUGCAAUUCGUCCAUAUCACCUAUAAUUAGUCCUACAGGUAGGAAAAUAAUGAAACAAAAGUUUUUUACAACAAAUUCUUAUAAAGAAUCAAUUCAUGAUACAUGAUGGUGAUGAUGAUGAUAAUGUCCGCUUUACCUUCUAUUUGAUCUAACUAAUCCAGCUGGUUACAGUAUUCGCUUUCAUUUUAACUUGAUGUAAAAUUACAAAGUGAGUGCCUACUGUUCAUCAUUUUUUUUAAAAAUUUAGAUUGAAAAAAGAAAUCCAGAGAAAUAUACUCUGUAUCUAUAUGUCUCUCUAUUUUUUCAUGGCUGUCUCCGUCACACUCACACCCACCCCACCCCCCACAUAUAUAUAUGUAAUCACUUGGUGCCAAUAUAUCAAUGCAUGUGUGUAUGAACACUGUGAUUAGAAUAAUCAUGCCAACACACACACACACACAAUGCAUACAUACACAUACAUAUACACUGAUACACACAAACAAAGGAUAAACCAGUUCAAGUUUCAACUUUAGUUACAUGUAUUUGUUAUUGAAUUUUAAUGUGCUACUUUACUUUUUCAUUUUAUUUUAUAUCAUUUAAUACAUUUGUACAGUGUAGUAUUCAAGUUUAUACUCAUUGUGUAUAUGUAAAAAUGUAGUGUGUAUCUAUCUAUGUGUGUAGGUCUUGUAUACUUGCAUACUCUACUCAAUACAUGUAUGGUAUAUAUUUUGAUUGAGAACAAUUGUAACCAUGAUAAAAUAAGAUUUUGUUUUUAAUAAUUUUAUAAGUAGUAUCUAUCAUUGUUUACAUAAUACUAUCUAAUUGUAAUUCACUUUUUUUCUCUCUCUCUCUCUCAUUUGAUAAAUUAAAAAUGUACACCUUUUUUUUGUUUGUUUGAUCUUAUGAUAAUGUUUGAAUUUUGUUCUAAUUUGUAUAAUAGAACCAAUGAAUAAUUUGUUCAAUGUACAAUUUUUCCUUGAU